AAUGUAAAUAUCUAAAACCGAGGGAAAAAAAAAAAAAGACAAGUCGUCUGCGCGUCCUUUAUGUCAGUGUUGAAAAGUUGGCAAGGAAAUUUCUUCCUCCUUCUCUCUUACAGUUAAGCUGAGCUGCGGAGAGAAGAACAAUUCGACGACGACGGAGAAGUGUUUACUCUCAGCUGGUUUUGUGUGUAUACAUCGGAAUUCAAUUGAAACUUAUAAAUGGAUCAGAUAUUGAACAAGGUAGGUUCCUAUUGGAUUGGUCAGAAAGCCAACAAGGAGUUCAAUUCCGUCGGCGAUGACAUUAAUUCCUUGCAAAGCAGUAUCGAAGGAGGAAGCAAAUGGCUGGUGAACAAGCUUAAAGGGAAAAUGCAAAAGCCAUUGCCAGAACUGCUGAAGGAGCAUGACAUUCCAGUAGGCAUUUUCCCUCGUGAUGCCACCAACUAUGAGUUUAACGAAGAAACCAAGAAGCUCACUGUCUAUAUUCCUUCAAUAUGUGAGGUUGGUUACAGGGAUUCAUCUGUAUUACGCUUCUCUACGGCAGUUACUGGAUACUUGGAAAAAGGAAAGCUAGCUGACAUAGAGGGAAUAAAAACAAAGGUGAUGAUCUGGGUAAAAGUUACUGCCAUUUCAUCUGAAAAAUCAAAGCUUUAUGUCACGGCUGGGUUGAAGAAAUCCCGCAGUAGAGAGGCUUAUGAGGUGUUGAGAGACGGAUUUACUGUAGAUAAAUUCUAGUGUGAUCAACUUGCGAUGAACGAUAAGAUUAUAUAGUUAAUAAGUACUAUUUAGAAGUUUGAUUAAAAUUGUGAUGCAAGUUUGGAUUAAAAUUGUAAUGUUUUGAUUGCACUUGUGAAAUAUGAAUUAUCUA